UGUUUAGCUGUUUUUCAGCAACGAGUGUUACAGAAUUAAUAAUUUUGACGAUCGUGUCCUAGAAAUUGCUUGUGUGAGCUCAACCGUACCUCAACUCAACCGGCGUCACACCGGUUGGCGUUAAUUUAUAGCAACCGGCUUAUGGCUCGGACCUUCGUUUUAAGUGAUCCUGUUUCAAUCGCAAUGUUUCAUUUUUAAUAAAACGAUUAAAAUGUAGCUACAUUUUGAUCCCUCUCUCACUUACUUAUUCACUCAAAUACCUCCGAUCGUUUUUGGAUCAGAGAGUCUCGUGGUUCGGUGGUUUUUCCACAACUCAAGUCAACGACAAACGAAUCGAUCAUUAAGUCUCCCGCUCACUCAACUCAACUUCGACUUUCAACAACCGAUCAUUUGAAUUCUCAAAACGACAAGCAACAACAAUUCCUUGGCUCCACCAUGAUCAGUCGGUUUAGUACACUUGUAGCCACGAACUGAUCCUCUCGCUAAAAGGUGAACAGCACUCGAUCGGUCGAUCGAUUAAUCAGUCACUAAUAAGCGCGCAUUUUUCAACUAUCAAGUUUAGGUUUCCGUUUUGUGUUUUUUUUUUUUGGUGUCCAUUGUCCAGUUGUUUUAUGAAAAAUUCCUAAAGUGAUAGUGAAAACAAUAAGUGUCAAGCAUUAUCAUGAGUUUCAGUCGUUACGAAAUCUCCGACAACGCCGAUGAGCUGAAUCAGGAGAUCGACGACACGAACUUCCCUCGGAGCAGUUCGCUGAGCAAUGGCAACGGGUCGUUGGUGAGCCUGAACAAUAGCGUGUACAGUGGAUCCGGGGGCACGACGGCUUUUGCGGCCCGGCGUCGUUCCAGCAGCCUGCGGAAAACCGAAUCCGAAACGCUCGACGACGAACUGGCGGCUGCCGUCGUUGCCGGGGCCGAUCAGGCCGAAUCGACGAAUGGCGGUGCAGUCACUAGCAAUGGAGUCGGCAACGGCAGCACCACAAGGCCGGAACUCAAUCGUGCUCAGUCGAUCCGAACGACCAGCUUCUCGUCAGGUGAGGUUUUUGAGAGCGGAAAUGCCACCCAUGGUGGGGGGGACAAUACCGUGCCGAGUACUCCGCGAACCACCCUGGCUCCAG